AUGCGAAAUUCGAUUAAUAAUAUAACUUUAGCUGGAUUCGCCCCUACAACUGCAACAUGGUACGGUCCACCCAAUGGACAUGGAACUGAUACUGGAGCUUGUGGAUUUGGAAAUGUAGGCAAUCCUCCAUACAACUCCUUAAUAGCUGCAGGAAAUCAAGCUUUAUACCAACAUGGCAAAGGCUGUGGACAAUGUUACGAGAUAAAAUGCAACUCAAAUCCUCAGUGUUCAGGAAAUCCAAUAAAAAUUCAUAUUACAGAUGAAUGUCCCGGUGAUUGCAACAGUGUGCCGGUUUGGUUUGACUUGGGUGGAAUCGCUUUUGGUGCGUUGGCAAAGCCGGGCCAAGCUGAUGCAUUGCGUAAUGCUGGAAAGAUUAAAAUUUCAUACCAAAAGUAA